CUAUACCCCUAUACAUGAGUGGACUAGUCCAAAUCCAAAAUGGCGCUGCCCAUGAAAUGUUUUUCUCGCGUGUGCAGUCUUUCUUCCUCACGACUUCACCGCCACGUUAUACGCUGCAAUAAUUCUACAGUGUCAACUCCAAAGGAUGAGAGUCCCAAGAAGAUAUUCUCAGGUAUCCAGCCGACAGGGAUUCCCCACAUCGGGAACUACCUGGGAGCGCUCCAACAGUGGGUUGAGCUGCAGGGGGAGGGGCACCACGUUAUCUACAGCAUCGUGGACAUGCACUCCAUCACUGUUCCACAGGAUCCAGACCAACUGAGACAGAACAUUUAUGACAUGACGGCAUGUCUGCUGGCCUGUGGUAUAGACCCUGACAAGAGCAUCUUAUUUCAACAGUCAAGUGUAUCCCAGCAUGCCGAGCUAGCCUGGGUUCUUGGCUGUAAGGCAACCAUGGCCAGACUGAAACACCUGCCACAGUGGAAGGUAAAGUCGGGUCCCAAAGAGGAGGGUGGUGUCGGCCUUUUCACCUACCCCAUUCUACAGGCAGCAGACAUUCUACUCUACAAAGCCACCCAUGUUCCAAUAGGAGUGGACCAAGUACAACAUCUACAGUUGGCUCAGGACUUGGCCACUACAUUUAACUACCACUAUGGACAGUACUUCCCACAACCUACAGCUAUACUGGGUGACACUAAGAAGGUUCAGAGCUUGCGAAAACCAGACAGCAAGAUGAGCAAGUCUGAAGCUGACCCCAAAAGUCGCAUCGACCUGACGGAUUCACCGGAGGUCAUCCGUGAGAAACUGAAGAAAGCUGUAACAGACUUCACCUCCGCUGUAACCUAUGACCCUGAUACAAGACCCGGUGUCUCCAAUCUUGUCAGAAUACACUCCGCCUGUACAGGUUUGUCAUACGAAGAGAUCUGUCAACAGAAUGAAGGGAUAGAGACAGCCAAGUACAAGUUUGUCGUAGCAGAUGCUGUGAUCACCAAGCUGGACCCAAUAAGAACAGAAAUCCUGAGACUUCAGAAAGACAGAAGCUUCUUAGAUGAUGUUUUAAGAGACGGUGCAAGAAAGGCAAGAGACUUUGCAGAGAAGACUUACAGUGAGGUAAAGAAACUUGUUGGUUUCAGUUGACCCACGCAUUUUGCAUAGAAAGUUGGCAACCUUUUAUAUAGAAAUACACACAAGAAAAUGGGAAGCAGAUUUAUUAACAAAGGUACAUUAACAAAGGUACUUGACAAUAAUGCGCAGCUAUUUUUGCUAAAAACAAAAAUAUGUUCCAAAACCAAAGUAUAGAAAAAACGUAUGUCCUUUCACAUUGGUAUACUCAACAUGUGUUAGUGAUAGUCUCAAAGAAGUAUUUUCUCUCUUUUCAGUGCCUGAAAGGCUAUCUGAUUUCUUAUGGUACUAUCAUUGCCAAUUGAAAAAAUAGAGAAAUACACAAAAUUCAUAUUUGUGAACAACGUUACAAAUAAUCCACAACAAAACUGGCCAUUUUGCCGAAGUCUGCCCUGCACUGAUGCUGGCUUUCCACUCCACACAGUAGUCUAGAACUACUUACCACAAUGAUUCACAAAAUCCCAAGCCCAAAUCUAGCCCUACUUCCCCCAAGCACAGUUGCAAGAGUACUGUACUAUCUGGAAUUAACCGGUUUACGGUUUAAACCACACUUGAGCAAGGUCAAAGGCGAAUGCCCCUAACUUGUAAACAGUUGUCCUGACCAUGCAUGAUACAUGUCCAGAUAUGUUUUGUUUAAAUGACCUUCAACUUUGACAUAUUACCCACAAUGCAUCACAUUGCACAUGCGCAAGUCAAACCGUGAACCGGCUUAUACAAUCAGUAGUACAUCUUCAUUAUUUGAUAAGCGUGCUAGAAACUAUACAUUUGCAAUAUACCUAAUCUUAAACAACAAAACUUUCUAAAGUAGCCUAGUUCUAAUAAAAGUGUUAGGCGCCAUGUCAAAGAUACAAGCAACAAUGUGUUGUCAUACUAUCACCCUUGGAUGAAGCACACUCUUGCAUAUUCAUAAUAUCAAAAGAAAAUGUAAAUAAUUGUACAACAAUACAGAUCGCACAUAUUCCUCUUUUUAAAAAUGAACGCUAAAUGAUACAUUAGGCUCCUUUCACCUAGCAAUUUUCAUAGUCCUUUAAGUAGUGACUAUAUAGUUUGCAAGUUACUUGUCAGAGACAGUGCGAGUGUAUUAAACACAAUGUGUUGAACAUUAGUCAGCGUUAAACUCUAUGAGAGUAUUCGAUGUAUCUUCUGAAUAGAACUAGCACCAUUCUUGAUAUUUGUGUCUCACGUUAACAAACUUAAACUCACAGUCUAUAUAUAAUAAUGUAUACUAUACUGAUGUAUUAAAUCAGAAAUAUAGUAAUGGUUUCCAGGAAUAAUACACAAGUAUGCAAA